AUCUCAUGCUUCCGAUCCGUCGCUGCUCACUGGCGGGCACCCACCAGAAUGGCCGCCGCCGCCUCCGCCGCCGCGGCCGUCUUCUCAAUUCUCAUCACAUCCGCCUCGCCUCCUCCCCUCCAAUCCAAGGUAUCCUUCCACCUGGGACGCCCUCCCGCCUCUGGCAACCGCACUCGCCAGUCGCCCUCUCGAUACCGCCGGCGCGGGGGUGGAGACGCCGGCGGCCAACCCGGAGUACCAGUACCACGACGCGAAGGCCCGCACCCGGGCGAAAAGGACGUGAGCAGGGAGGAGUCCUGAGGCGGUUUCCGCGCGGGAGGGGGCAGGCGCCGCGGAGGAGAUUAGCGGUGCGGCGUCGUGGGCACGAGGAUGUUUCUGGCCACUGGUUUCUGACCGCUGGAUUAGUUUCAUCCUCAUGUCCGGGAAUUCGCUGCAAGACUAAUCACCCUUUCUACCUGGUACCUGGGAUGAACAUGGCAGAGGGGAGCGCUGAAGGACAAGAGCAAAUUCCAUGCGAGCAGGCCGUGGGCCGUAGGGUUAAGCAACGGUCCGUCGUGUGGGAGCAUUUCAAACAUUUCACGACAGUCGAUGGGAAGAGCAAAGCGGAGUGCAAUCGAUGUCACCGGGUAUUCGUUGCACCUACUAAAAAUGGAACGAGCAGCUUGCGUAGGCAUGUCGAGAAAUGCAAGGGGCUGGGCGGGAAUGGGGCAGAUGAGCUGGAUCAGUUGAUUACGAACGUGGCCUGUGAUCUACCACCUUUACCGUUUGACCCUCCACUGCUGUCACCCUUAGAUCCGCCAUCACCACUACCGUGUACUGAUCCUCCACCACCGUUUCACUUUGAUCCGCCGCCACCGUUUCCCUGUACUGAUCCUCCACCACAAUCUCCCUGUGCUCCGUCACAGCAUGAUGACGAAUUACCAGAUCGUGAGCAUGGCCUGAGAGAAGAAGAAGAAGCAAGAAAACACCUUGCUCAGUUGAUCGCAUUGCACGGAUAUGAUCCAUUGCUCAUCGAGGAUGACUGCUUCAGGAGUUUUCUGGGAAUCCUCAACCCUGAAUUCAAGUUGCCAUCACGCUUCGUCAUCGAGGAGAUGUGCGAUGAUAUCUUUGAUGAAGCAAGGAGGAAUCUGCUUUCCAGGUUAAGCCGCUUUCAUGGGAAGGUCAGUUUAGCAGUUAGUACAACUAAAACCGUUCAUGGGGAAGUCACAUAUACAGCGUGUCACUUCAUCGAUGAUGAAUGGAAUCUAAAUAAGAUGAUCCUGGAUGCUUACCUGGUGGUGCCUAUUCCUAUCUUAUAUGGCCCAUUAUUGGGAGUUCCAGAAAUUACUCCUAAAUCUGAUUUCUCUGAUUUCACUGAGCGGGCAAAUGAUGAUAUCUUGCGUGGUAUUUUAGAGCAUGAUAUUUUGGAAAGACUGUUCGUCAUGGUAUGGGGAAUAAAGGGCAGUGAUGAAGUGAAGAGACAUGUGCAGCAAUUAUAUUCCGUGGAUUAUACCCGCUUCAUGGAUAAUGCGCUUCACUCCACUGUUGGGAAAAGCAUUAUUCUAAAUCCAAAUUUCACUAUGGAUAUGUAUAAAAAAGUUCAUGGUUUGGGUUUGACUAGGGAAAAGCGCCAACAACUUUUUUCACAUAUUGGCUUAGACCAUCUACAGGCACACGACGAUAAUCAUUGGUAUUCAUGCUACUGUUCCUUGGAGUUUCUUCGCAAGCAUGGUUCUUGCGCAGUCGCGGACAAAGACUACUCACAACUCAAUGAACUCAUAGAACUACUGUGCAAAAUUUGGGGGGAAGUGUACCGUUCCAUUAAAAGGAUUUCUACCUCCAGUUAUCCUACUUCAAAUCAAUGUCUUGUAGAAUUGUUUAAGGUGAGGGAAAUUUUGCAUUCCGAACUAGAACGGGCUGAUGGAGGCAAUUCAAUUGUGCACAACGGAUCUGAUUUUUUCAUCAAUAAAGAAGACGGUGUUGCGGAUGUUCUUAGAGAGGCAAAGGGCACUCUUGACAGGGUCAUCCAAGGUGAAUACCUUGUAUGGUCAGUACCACUAGCGAUGGACCCCAGGUACAAACUCACAUACAUAAAGUUCAUCUUCAGCAGAGCGUUUGGUUCUGGGGGUGCACGGUACAUCUCUGAGGUCACAAGAAAGAUCAAGAAGCUGUAUGUUGAUUACAUUGAAGAUGAUGGUGGAAUCAAUGGUGCAGAUGGUGUCACUGAGAUGGCCGCUGGCAGCAGCGCUGAUCGAUUAGGACAAGCAUGGGAUGAGCAUUGCCUUUCAGGGGAUGAUGGAAUGGAUGAUGUUGGCUGUGACCUGGGUGCUGUGGAGGAAGUCCAACGCUCCUUGGAAGAUCUUGUCAUUGGCAGCUGCGCUGAUCCGCUAGGACAAGCAUGGGACAAGCAUCGGUGUUCAGAGGAUGGCCAAGCUGAUGCUGGCAGCUACCUGGAUGCCGAGAAGGAACUCGACCGUUACCUGAAAGAUCCCCUCGAGACUCCAACUGACGGUUUUGACAUCCUGCACUGGUGGAAGGUUCACAGUUCGAAGUACCCGACAGUUGCUCGGAUGGCGCGGGACGCUCUGGCCAUGCCCACGAGCAGUAGGCUUUCCUCCGAGCAGAUGGCCCAUGUCAGCAGCCUCGUUCGUGGCUAUUCCAAGAAAAAGUACAGGCAAGCCAAGUUUGAUCCGUGACACAGCUGCUCAUAUGAGGGCCAGCGUCCUGGCAACAACCUCCAUAGUGUGUGUCAAUCAUUGGUUUCUGUUGUCGUGUGUCGGAAUAAAUGUGCAAAAUUUAGAGUUUGUCUUUCCUUCCACAGAGAAGAUGGCUGACUACCUGAUUUGCUUUCCACUUUUUGAGUCCCUCCUGGAAGCUUGGUAUUAACAGCUGAUUUAUACCAUUUGUAUUUCCCUUUAUCAAGCACUUGCUGCUGCACCUUUGCCAAUAGAAUUGCUUCAUCUACAUCUUUGGGAA